AUGGAUCUGUUGAGAGCAGAAGGGGAGGAGACGGAAGAAGCGGGAGACUUGGAGUGGGAGGCCUUCCCCGGAGCCCGGGCUGGGGCUCAGGGGGAGAGGCCCCAGCUGCCCUUGCCCCAGCUAGCUAAGAGGUUUCCUCGCCGGCUGUCCAAGCUGCCCCUGCGCCGCCGCCUCCUCCAGGAGGCCCGGUUCCUGACCCAGUUGGUGGCCACGGGCCUCAGCACCUUGGGCUUCCUCCUCAUGGUCACGGCCGCCUUCUCCCCACACUGGCUGAAGGUCCAGGGGGUUCACCUCAACAACACGGCCGCCUUCCCGUACAUCCACAGCGGACUCUGGGUGCCCUGUGUCAAAGACUGCCCCUCCCUCGUCAUGUCAACCAACACCUCCGCUUACGCUUUGGGGCAGCAGCGUCCGUUGCUGGAAGCAGUCAAGUUCAGCUUCCUGUUGGCCAUGAUCUCUGGCUUCCUCUUCACCUGCUGGAUGUUCUGCAUCUUCUCCCCCCUGUCGCAGAAAAUCGCCCACUUUGACCUGAUCUCGGCCUUCGGUUGCGUCUUCGUAGGAAGUUGCCUCUUCUUCACCCUCCUGCUGUAUCCUCUUCACCUCCAGUUGGAGCUGGGUGGGGGCAAAGAAGGUUUCCACGUGGACCUGGGCAGAUACCUGGACUGGAGCUAUUUUCUGGGAUGGAUGGUGAUCCUGAUUUACGCGGCAUGUGGGGUCCUCUGCUACCUCAACCACAGGAGGUUCUGGAGCAUUCUCCCGCGCCAGCGCCCACAGACCUCAUGCAGAUCCAAGGGCUCGUUUUCCGAGGCGCCCGAGCGGCACGAAUCCUGGACGGGCGGGGGAGCCUUGGCGACACCCGCCGCGAAGAAACCCAUCAAAUUUCCCUCCUGCCCCACGAGCCCCACUCCCAACCGGACCCCCCAGUUGCCCCCAUAAAGGGGGACCCUUCCUGGUCACCCCUCCUCGUGCCCUGGGGCAGGCCCGGCCCUGAGGGGACGGCGGAGGCCUCCUGCU